AUAUACUCACGUAAAAGAUUAACAUGGCAGCCGUUUUGAAUCUCCUCGCAGCUUCUUUUGUUUUCCUCUGCAUCUUAAAAGCAGGUUCUGCACACUGCACUCUAUCCGACAUUGCAGUGAGCCAGUCAAAGACAGGAGCCAAUGUGCAAGGAAAGCCCGAGUACCAGGUAGUGAUAGCCAACAAUUGUAUAUGUAGCCAAUCAAGCUUGCUCUUGAAGUGCAGCGGUUUCAACAGUGCUGAGCCAGUAGAUCCUUACGUCUUCAAACCAGUGGGCGGAGGUCAAUGUUCUGUCAACAAUGAACAACCUGUUUUCAAAGGCUCCGAUAUCACAUUUAAAUAUUCCUGGGAUUCUCAAUUCGACCUCUCGCCAGUUAGCUCUCUGAUCAAUUGCUCAUGAGGUUUUUGUUUGCUUGGUGGGACAUGAGAUCAGACUACCUUUAUGAAGAAUAAAACAUUGGAUUUGUUUUCCAAUAUGUGAAAGUUGUUAUAAGAUUUAUCUGAUAAGUAAAGGUUUUUGUUGAUUUAAA